AUGAAGACCACUUCUAGGUGCGAAAGCGCUAACCAUUUGUUCAAAUCAAACUCUAGUCCACACAAUACGUUGGUACAGUUUAUGUUGUGCUACGAUACGUCCGUCGAUGGGUUACGAAAUGACCAACGUGAACUCUCUUAUCAAACAGACACCACUAAUCCAGAAUACAAAACUAAAUGGCCGAUCGAACGUCAUGCAAACGUAAUUUAUACUAGAAAAGUAUUCUUGGAUGUCCAAAAGGAAAUUCUCAAGGGUAAGGAGAACAACUACAUUGCUGAACGAUCAAUAUCAGAUGGAGUAAACUGUUUCGUGAUUGCUCACCAAGAUCAGACAUCAGAAGUUUUAAAUGAGUUCAAGCAAUUCACCCUUAAAUUGCAGGUCACGUUUAACAAAGAAGAUCUAUCAGUUACCUGCAAGUGUAUGGGUUUCACCCGAAAUGGAUAUCUAGGUCGUCAUGUGUUCUGCGUACUUGGCCAUCAUAACGUACAUAAGAUUCCAACACAAUAUAUUCACCCAAGAUGGAGGAGAGAUGCUAUUCCUAGCAGUGUGUAUAGCCUUGAGAACAGGUUAUCUGUUGAACAAAGCAGUAGCGGAAGAUUAUGGCGCAACAUAUUAGAUAAUUUGGAAAUGUGUAGAGACAGAGUGAGAGGCAAGAUUGAUAAAUUAGAGGAACUCAAUGCUCAAGUACAGGCAUUAAAAGAUAAGAUCUUUGCAGAAGUUCCAUAUGAUCUGGAAGUUAAUAUGAAGGCUGUCGUCUACCAGGAAAUUCUUUCGCAUGCCAUACCAGAGGAGCUCUCGUGUACUGCACCGAAGAAAAUCCGUAACAAAGGCUGUGGAAAGCAUAAACGACUGGUUGGCUCAAAGGAAAUAGCAAUAAAGAAAUUCAAAAAAAAGAGAAGAAAAUGUAGUGUUUGUGGGAAACGGGAUGAUUCAUCUACCGAAGAAGUUGACGAGGAAGAAGACGAUGACCAUUAUGAGUACGACGAAGGAAAUGAAACCGGUAUUGAUGGCGAAGGAAACGAAACCGGUACUGAUAGCGAAGGAAACGAAACCGGUACUGAUGGUGAAGAUAACGAUAGUGACAGCUAG